AGGUAUUUCCAAGAUGAGAUUUACACCUACACCGCAAGCGUGCUAUUUUCCAUCAAUCCCUACAAGAAGCUCGACCAUUUGUACAGCAAUGAGCGGCAAAGUGACUACCUAAACCUGGCAUCACUUCAAUCCCGACCGCCACACGCAUUUGCGUUGGCGGAAAUCGCCCGGCGCAAACUCGUUCAUGGACGAACACACCAGGCCAUUGUGAUUUCUGGGGAGUCUGGUGCGGGAAAAACAGAAAAUGCGAAGGUCGUGAUGGCGUAUCUAAUACAGCAAUCGCGUACGCGAGCCAAGGUCGCAGAAAACGGCGCAGCGGCAGCUUCGGUAGAUAAUAUGAUCCUCCGCUGUGCGACACCGAUCCUCGAAUCACUGGGGAAUGCGACGACGGUCCGCAACCACAACUCGAGCCGCUUUGGGAAAUUCAGCAUGCUGAUGUUCAACGCGAGAGGCGACAUCGUGGGAGGCGAGAUCCGCACCUACUUGCUCGAGAGCAGUCGCGUUUCAAAAUUUGGAGCUGGGGAACGGACGUAGAGACUCAUUCUGUUCUGAUUUCUUGACGAAUAGUGUUCGGAUUAUAAUUCUUUCCUAUUUUUUUUUCUUUCUGAGUGUCCUGGUAUUGCAGCAUUGACAUUUUCUUUCACAGUGAGUACUAGUAGAAUCACCUGGUGUAGCAUGGUAUAAAGUUUGAUUUAAUAAAUUAACGAAAAUCACAAAGGUACCAUAUUUGGUACGAAAUACUAUGCGGAGCUUCCGCCGAGCAGCUGACGAAACUUGGCUUGCAGAAAAACUCGAAAUACGCACUUCUCUAUGGAAGAGAUCAGGUGACGCAGAAAUCCACUCCACUCCGGGGGGCGGAAGAAGCGACGAACUUUACAGCGUUCUGCACCGGAUUGAAAGUUAUGAACUUCUCCCCGGAACAAAUCGAAGAGGUGCUCGAGACGCUCGGUGGGCUGAUCCACCUGUUUGAACUGGAUUUUGAGGAUGCGGCGAGUGGACAGGGUAUCCAAGUAGUAGAAUCGCCCCACGUUGCUGAAGCUGCGCGUCUGCUCGGCAUGUCGGUGAACUCUCUCUGCGAGUCCUUGUGCAAGAAGACACUGAUCCGGCCCAAACGAAACAACCAGGGCCGUGAUUCCGUUUUCAAAACUGACCGGACACCAGCACAAGCGAAGAAUGCACAGGAAGCCUUGGUGAAAAUGCUGUACAAACGCCUCUUCGAGCACAUUGUGGCGCAGAUCAACAGCUCCCUCCUCGUGGCGGGUCAAACCCAGAACUUAGCCGAAUCUAGUCGGCGUCACAUAGGAAUCUUGGACAUCUACGGCUUCGAACAAUUGAAACUCAAUUCCUUCGAACAGCUGUGCAUCAACCUGGCGAACGAGCGACUACAGGAGUUUUUCUGUGACAAAGUGAUAUUGGCAGAGCAGGAGAUGUACCGCAAAGAAGGCCUUCCCGCAAUUUCACUACAAGUCGAGUCAAGUGGUAUUAUUUGUCGUAUGCGGCUGUAUCUCUUAUAUUUUUGCACAAUUUUCUAUGGAAGUGUCAGAAUCGAAAUUCACAAAAUCGAAAAAUUUGUGAUGCACAAAAUCGAUGUCAGUUGGAGCCUCAGUUUCCAAGUGGCGCAUGACAAAGCUCGGGAGCACCCAGCUCCAGUCUGUCAUGCUGUUUGGACAAAGAAGACUGCCGCUGUCAUGCUACUCUGGCAGCAGAUUGCAUACCCCUAAACAGGCUUACAAUCGGCCUCAUUUGCCUGCUCUCCAAUACAGGCCUUCAAUGCCCUACAUUUUAUGCAUCACAAGUUUUUCGAUUUUGUCGAUUUCGAUCCUGACACAUCCAUAUUUUCUUGCAGAUCGAUGCAUACCAAGAUAAAGAUUGUUCUUUUUAAGCAACACAAUGUAAAUGAAUUUGAAUACUCUUGACAGAGCCACUCUUGGACGCGAUUGGGAACACGCUCAACACGCUACACGAGCACGGGCGCAUGACUACGACUUAGAAAACAAGUGCUUGCGUAUCAAUAAAAGCUGUGCGAUAUGUAAGGAAGGACGCAGAAGGAAACAAGUACAAGAGCAACCCUUCCCCUGGCAGGGAACGCGUCAAACAAUUUCAAAUACUCACUCGAGAGAUCGUUCUUUCUUGCGGCCAAAAAGAUUUUGACUUGCAUCAGAAAGUCCCCAAAAUGUUUUUUCAAUCCUCAGCAAGCAUUUGUUUCUUUGUUCCAUACUGCUCGCGAAGAAUGUGCGAACCACUGACGAGCGCUUUACGGCGGAUGUCCAUAAGAACUUUGGCGCACACAUGUGUAGACUGAAGCGCGGAGGCGCAAAGAAGAACCAGGACUAUGGUACGGAUGCUUUUAAAAUGAAUAUACAUCAACACGAGCAAAUCUUGCUUUAUUUUUGCAAUGGCUGAGUGCUAGAUGGUACAGCUAGAUGGUACAUCGUAGCGACGCCAUGCAUGGAGUAUAUUCAUACCUUUACCAUCAAAAUCAGAUGCCAAUUUGACCCUCGUGGUGAGACACUACGCCGGAGAAGUGAACUACUCAACAGAGGGAUGGCUCGAAAAGAAUAACGCGGCGCUAUCGACAGAAGCAGAAAUGUUGAUUUCCUGCAGUGACCACAAGCUCGUCGCGCGGCUCCACGGCGAAGCACAAUCCGCUGCGACAAGCGUUGGGCGCAAAUACCUGGCCGACCUCGACUUGCUGCUGUCCACGCUCGACGCCUGUUCUUUGCACUACAUUCGCUGCUUCAAACCAAAUUUGAGCCAGAAGCCGAGCCUGUGGGAGGGAGGAGUGAUCUUGGACCAAAUGCGGCAGUCAGGUGGCAUUGAUUUGGUAAAAAUCAUGCACGAGGGCUAUCCAAACCGCUGCAGUUUCGACUACCUGGUAGAGCGGUACCAGUCCAAGCUUCCGGAUUUCAAGGACGAGCAGCCGCGAACGUUCCUUGGUGCGCUGAUGUUAGCUUUCGAAGUCCCGAAAUCAGAUUACGUGAUCGGAGCCAGCCGACUGUUUUUGAAAAGUGGUUGCUUGGCCGUCCUCGACCAGCUG